UGAUCAAAUCAGCCAAUGAGAAGCGGCGACGGAAAGCGACGCGGCCCACCUUCGGCUUGGCGCGCGCUUGACAGUCCGAGGAGGAAAGUGGAGCGAGGGACGGAGCUCGGCCGGCUUGGAGCUUCCCGCGGCGGGCAGAGCAAAAAUGCCAAAUGUAAAGAAGGCAGCUGGAAAAAGAGGCCCUGCAAAGAGGAAACUUGCAGAAGAAUUUCCUCCAGGAGAAGUUUUUACAGACGGAUCAAAGAAAGACUGGAAGCUUGGACCAGCUAUAGGCAAAGGAGGCUUUGGCUGCCUGUAUCUUGCUGACAUUAACUCUUCAAAACCAGUUGGUGCUGAUGCUCCCUAUGUUAUAAAAGUGGAGCCUAGUGAAAAUGGACCCCUUUUUACUGAAUUAAAGUUCUACAUGCGAUGCUGCUUAAACCAGGAGCUAAUUCGGAAAUGGAAUGCUUCACACAAAUUGAAAUACAUAGGUGUACCAAGAUACUGGGGUUCUGGCUUACAUGAAAAGAAUGGCAAAAGCUACAGAUUUAUGGUAAUGGACAGGUUUGGAAAAGAUCUUCAGAAAAUUUUUGAAGAACAAGGAAAGCAGUUUACGCGCAAAACUGUGUUGCAGUUGGGCUUGAGAAUACUUGAUGUUUUGGAAUACAUUCAUGAACACGAAUAUGUGCACGGAGAUAUCAAGGCCUCCAAUCUUCUGCUGAGCUACAAGACCCCACAUCAGGUAUAUUUAGUAGAUUAUGGCCUGGCGUAUCGAUACUGUCCAGAAGGCACUCACAAGGAUUACAAAGAAGAUCCCAAGCGGUGUCAUGAUGGAACACUUGAAUAUACUAGUAUUGAUGCACACAAAGGGGUGGCUCCAUCAAGACGUGGUGACCUGGAAAUUCUGGGUUAUUGUAUGAUCUAUUGGCUUAGUGGUCAUCUGCCUUGGGAAGAUAACCUUCAAGAUCCCAAUUAUGUCAGGGACUCAAAAAUUAGGUAUACAGAUAAUAUUGCAGAAUUGAUGAAAAAAUGCUUCACUGAAAAAGAUAAACCAGGUGAAAUAGCCAGGUACAUGGAAAAGGUGAUGGCAUUGAACUACACUGAAAAGCCAGCGUAUCAGCAGUUACGAGAAAUACUUCUUCGUGGUCUCAAGGACAUUGGCCAGAAGGAUGAUGGUAUAUUGGACUUCAGCAUUUCUGAGAAUGGGGACGUUCCAGCAAAACCUGCACUUAAGGGGGGGCGGGGGCAGGCCAGAAGAAAAUUAGCUGCCACAUCAGGCUCAGCUGCUGCUGCUGAAGAUGAUACUGAAACAGCUACGAAUGAAGUGAAAACCGCCCCCAAAAGAAAGCGUGCUGCGCCUAAGAUGGGAGCUUCCAAACCCAAAGUGCCGAAGACCGAGCCCCAAGUCCAGAAGACGUCUCCCAAAAUCAAGACAAGUGUGAAACCCAAGAAGAGAAUCCAGAAGUAGGAGAGCCAGAAUGAUGUGUGCUUGCUGCUUUUAAUAUUCUCCCCCCACACCCACGCAAAAGGAUUAGCAUUGUUUCCCUUCUCUUGUGAGUGUUUAGUCUGCGGACUGUCAGAAGGCUGUUCUCCAUUGUGUAGAUGGGCUUGGAAGAAUAAAUAUUUUACGUCUUUCUGUACAGGAUGUAUAGUUUCCUACCAAUACAGAUGUUUCCAAAAUUCACAAAUGGCUGUAUGCACACAUUUUGCACCUGUUCAGUUUCUAUUACACUUGAAUAAAAAUCGUACCUUAAUUUUAA